GGGGGACAUAGAGGGAGGGGUCUCUGCAGUGAGAGGUCUGUCACACCUCCUGCCCCCUGGGGUCCCUGCCCCCUUGGGUGCCUGCCCCAUCUCCCCAGCCUCCCAGCCUGUGACUGUCACAUCGAGCUCAGCCUGCCUCUCUCAUAAGGACGACCGCCUGCCCUAACCCCUGGCCACACUGCCCCACAAGGUGUGUGCUAUGAAUAUGGGGUUUCCCGGGUGCCUCCUGCUCCCAGCUGGGCACCCCCUUGGCAGGAGCUCAGCUGCCUGCGCUGGAGCCGGGAAGACAAAGAUCCCCAUCCUCCUGGUCUGGCUUUUGGCUUCCAUGACAGGAUUCCCCAUGGCAGACUCAGGCAUCCCAGAACUAACUCAGCUCCGACUGGCGAAUGGCCCGAGUCGCUGCUCUGGGAGAGUCGAGGUGCUUCACAACCACCAGUGGGGAACCGUGUGUGAUGACAACUGGGACAUAAAUGAUGCUGGAGUUGUGUGCAGGCAGCUGGGCUGUGGGACGGCGUUAUCAGCCCCAGGAGGGGCUCAAUUCGGGCGAGGAUCAGACCCUAUCUGGCUGGAUGACGUCAACUGCGCAGGAACAGAAGCUGCCCUCUCCGAUUGCCGGGCUCGGCCUUGGGGAGAGAAUGACUGUAAGCACAGAGAAGAUGCCGGUGUUGUGUGUUCAGACUCUGGCAUUUCAGAAGUGGCUCCGCUCCGACUGGUGAACAGCUCGAGUCGCUGCGCUGGGAGAGUCGAGGUGCUUCACAACCAGCAGUGGGGAACCGUGUGUGAUGACAGCUGGGACUUACAGGAUGCCGGAGUUGUGUGCAGGCAGCUGGGCUGUGGGACGGCGUUAUUAGCCCCAGGAGGGGCUCGAUUUGGGCGAGGGUCAGACCGUAUCUGGCUGGAUGACGUCAACUGCGCAGGGACAGAAGCUUCCCUCUUCGAUUGCAGGGCUCGGCCUUGGGGAGAGAAUAACUGUAACCACGGAGAAGAUGCCGGUGUUGUGUGCUCAGACGCUGGCAGCUCAGAAGUGGCUCAGCUCCGACUGGUGAACAGCCCAAGUCGCUGCGCUGGGAGGGUCGAGGUGCUUCACAACCAGCAGUGGGGAACCGUGUGUGAUGACAGCUGGGACUUACAGGAUGCCGGAGUCGUAUGCAGGCAGCUGGGCUGUGGGACGGCGUUAUCAGCCCCACGAGGGGCUCGAUUUGGGCGAGGGUUAGACCGUAUCUGGCUGGAUGACGUCAACUGCACAGGGACAGAAGUUGCCCUCUCCGAUUGCAGGGCUCGGCCUUGGGGAGAGAAUAACUGUAACCACAGAAAAGAUGCCGGUGUUGUGUGCUCAGACGCUGGCAUCUCAGAAGUGGCUGAGCUCCGACUGGUGAACAGCAGGAGUCGCUGCGCUGGGAGGGUCGAGGUGCUUCACAACCAGCUGUGGGGAACCGUGUGUGAUGACAGCUGGGACUUACAGGAUGCCGGAGUUGUGUGCAGGCAGCUGGGCUGUGGGACGGCGUUAUCAGCCCCAAGAGGGGCUCGAUUUGGGAAAGGAUCUGACCAUAUCUGGCUGGAUGACGUGAACUGCACAGGGACAGAAGUUGCCCUCUCUGAUUGCAGGGCUCGGCCUUGGGGAGUGAAUAACUGUACCCAUGGAGAAGAUGCCGGUGUUGUGUGCUCAGACUCUGGCAUAUCAGAAGUGGCUCAGCUCCGACUGGUGAACAGCCCAAGUCGCUGCGCUGGGAGGGUCGAGGUGCUUCACAACCGUCAGUGGGGAACCGUGUGUGAUGACAGCUGGGACUUACAGGAUGCCGGAGUUGUGUGCAGGCAGCUGGGCUGUGGGACGGCGUUAUCAGCCCCAGGAGGGGCUCGAUUUGGGCAAGGAUCUGACCGUAUCUGGCUGGAUGACGUCAACUGCACAGGGACAGAAGUUGCCCUCUUCGAUUGCAGGGCUCGGCCUUGGGGAGAGAAUAACUGUAACCACAGAAAAGAUGCUGGUGUUGUAUGCUCAGAUGCUGGCAUCUCAGAAGUGGCUCAGCUCCGACUGGUGAACGGCCCAAGUCGCUGCGCUGGGAGGGUCGAGGUGCUUCACAACCAGAAGUGGGGAACCGUGUGUGAUGACAACUGGGAUUUACAGGAUGCUGGAGUCGUGUGCAGGCAGCUGGGCUGUGGGACGGCAUUAUCAGCCCCAGGAGGGGCUCGAUUUGGGCGAGGAUCUGACCGUAUCUGGCUGGAUGAUGUCAACUGCACAGGAACAGAAGUUGCCCUCUCCGACUGCAGGGCUCUGUUUUGGGGAGAGAAUAACUGUAACCACAGAGAAGAUGCCGGUGUUGCGUGCUCAGAUGCUGGCAUCUCAGAAGUGGCUCAGCUCCGACUGGUGAACGGCCCGAGUCGCUGCGCUGGGAGGGUCGAGGUGCUUCACAACCAGCUCUGGGGAACCGUGUGUGAUGACAGCUGGGACUUACAGGAUGCCGGAGUCGUGUGCAGGCAGCUGGGCUGUGGGACGGCGUUAUCAGCCCCAGGAGGGGCUCGUUUUGGGCGAGGAUCUGACCGUAUCUGGCUGGCUGACAUCAACUGCACAGGGACAGAAGUUGCCCUCUCCGAUUGCAGGGCUUGGCCUUGGGGAGAGAAUAACUGUACCCACGGACAAGAUGCCGGUGUUGUAUGUUCAGACGCUGGCAUCUCAGAAGUGGCUCAGCUCCGACUGGUAAACAGCCCGAGUCGCUGCGCUGGGAGGGUCGAGGUGCUUCACAACCAUCGUUGGGGAACCGUGUGUGAUGACAACUGGGACCUACAGGAUGCCGGAGUCGUGUGCAGGCAGCUGGGCUGUGGGACGGCGUUAUCAGCCCCAGGAGGGGCUCGAUUUGGGCGAGGGUCAGACCGUAUCUGGCUGGAUAACGUCAACUGCACAGGAACAGAAGUUGCCCUCUCCGAUUGCAGGGUUCAGGCUUGGGGAGAGAAUAACUGUACCGACGGAGAAGAUGCCGGUGUUGUGUGCUCAGACGCUGGCAUCUCAGAAGUGGCUCAGCUCCGACUGGUGAACAGCAGGAGUCACUGCGCUGGGAGAGUCGAGGUGCUUCGCAACCGUCAGUGGGGAACCGUGUGUGAUGACGGCUGGGACCUACAGGAUGCUGGAGUCGUAUGCAGGCAGCUGGGCUGUGGGACGGCGUUAUCAGCCCCAGGAAGGGCUCGAUUUGGGCGAGGGUCAGACCGUAUCUGGCUGGAUAAUGUCAACUGCACAGGGACAGAAGUUGCCCUCUCUGACUGCAGGGCUCAGUCUUGGGGAGAGAAUAACUGUAACCACGGAGAAGAUGCUGGUGUUGUGUGCUCAGACGCUGGCAUCUCAGAAGUGGCUCAGCUCCGACUGGUGAACGGCCCGAGUGGCUGCGCUGGGAGGGUAGAGGUGCUUCACAACCAGCUCUGGGGAACCGUGUGUGAUGACAGCUGGGACUUACAGGAUGCCGGCGUCGUGUGCAGGCAACUGGGCUGUGGGACAGCGUUAUCAGCCCCAGGAGGGGCUCGAUUUGGGCACGGAUCUGACCGUAUCUGGCUGGGUGACAUCAACUGCACAGGGACAGAAGUUGUCCUCUCCGAUUGCAGGGCUUGGCCUUGGGGAGAGAAUAACUGUACCCACAGAGAAGAUGCCGGUGUUGUGUGCUCAGACGCUGGCAUCUCAGAAGUGGCUCAACUCCGACUGGUGAACAGCAGGAAUCACUGCGCUGGGAGGGUCGAGGUGUUUCACAACCAGCAGUGGGGAACCGUGUGUGAUGACAGCUGGGACUUAGAGGAUGCCGGAGUCGUGUGCAGGCAGCUGGGCUGUGGGACAGCAUUAUCAGCCCCAGGAGGGGCUCGAUUUGGGCAAGGGUCAGACCGUAUCUGGCUGGAUAACGUCAACUGCACAGGGACAGAAGUUGCCCUUUCUGACUGCAGGGCUCGCCCUUGGGGAGUGAAUAACUGUACCCACGGAGAAGAUGUCGGUGUUGUGUGCUCAGACGCUGGCAGCUCAGAAGUGGCUCAGAUCCGACUGGUGAACAGCAGGAGUCGCUGCGCUGGGAGGGUCGAGGUGCUUCACAACCAGCAGUGGGGAACCGUGUGUGAUGACAACUGGGAUUUACAGGAUGCUGGAGUCGUUUGCAGGCAGCUUGGCUGUGGGACGGCGUUAUCAGCCCCAGGAGGGGCUCGAUUUGGGCGAGGAUCUGACCGUAUCUGGCUGGAUGACGUCAACUGCACCGGGACAGAAGCUGCCCUCUCUGAUUGCAGGGCUCAGCCUUGGGGAGACAAUCACUGUAAUCACAGAGAAGAUGCCGGUGUUGUGUGCUCAGAUGCUGGCAUCUCAGAAGUGGCUCAGCUCCGACUGGUGAACGGCCCGAGUCGCUGUGCUGGGAGGGUCGAGGUGCUUCACAACCAGCUCUGGGGAACCUUGUGUGAUGACAGCUGGGACUUACAGGAUGCCGGAGUCGUAUGCAGACAGCUGGGCUGUGGGACGGCGUUAUCAGCCCCAGGAGGCGCUCGAUUUGGGCGAGGAUCUGACCGUAUCUGGCUGGCUGACGUCAACUGCACAGGGACAGAAGUUGCCCUCUCCGAUUGCAGGGCUUGGCCUUGGGGAGAGAAUAACUGUACCCACGGAGAAGAUGCCGGUGUUGUGUGCUCAGACGCUGGCAUCUCAGAAGUGGCUCAGCUCCGACUGGUAAACAGCCCGAGUCACUGCGCUGGGAGAGUCGAGGUGCUUCACAACCAUCGGUGGGGAACCGUGUGUGAUGACGGCUGGGACUUACAGGAUGCUGGAGUCGUAUGCAGGCAGCUGGGCUGUGGGACGGCGUUAUCAGCCCCAGGAGGGGCUCGAUUUGGGCGAGGGUCAGACCGUAUCUGGCUGGAUGACGUCAACUGCACAGGGACAGAAGUUGCCCUCUCCGAUUGCAGGGUUCAGACUUGGGGAGAGAAUAACUGUACCCACGGAGAAGAUGCCGGUGUUGUGUGCUCAGACUCUGGCAUCUCAGAAGUGGCUCAGCUCCGACUGGUGAACGGCCCAAGUCGCUGUGCUGGGAGAGUCGAGGUGCUUUACAACAAGCUCUGGGGAACCGUGUGUGAUGACAGCUGGGACUUACAGGAUGCCGGAGUUGUGUGCAGACAGCUGGGCUGUGGGACGGCAUUAUCAGCCCCAGGAAGGGCUCGAUUUGGGCAAGGAUCUGAUCCUAUAUGGCUGGACAAUGUUCACUGCACAGGGACAGAAGCUGCCCUCACCGAUUGCAGGGCUCAGCCUUGGGGAGAGAAUAACUGUACCCAUGGAGAAGAUGCCGGUGUUGUGUGCUCAGACUCUGGCAUCUCAGAAGUGGCUCAUCUCCGACUGGUGAAUGGCCCAAGUCACUGCGCUGGGAGAGUUGAGGUGCUUCACAACCAGCAGUGGGGAACCGUGUGUGAUGACAGCUGGGACUUACAGGAUGCCGGAGUCGUGUGCAGGCAGCUGGGCUGUGGGACGGCGUUAUCAGCCCCACGGGGGGCUCGAUUUGGGCGAGGAUCUGACCGUAUCUGGCUGGAUGACGUCAACUGCACAGGGACAGAAGUUGCCCUCUCCGAUUGCAGGGCUCUGUCUUGGGGAGAGAAUAACUGUACCCACGGAGAAGAUGCCGGUGUUGUGUGCUCAGACGCUGGCAUCUCAGAAGUGGCUCAGAUCCGACUGGUGAACAGCAGGAGUCAAUGCGCUGGGAGGGUCGAGGUGCUUCACAACCAACAAUGGGGAACCGUGUGUGAUGACGGCUGGGAUUUACAGGAUGCUGGAGUCAUAUGCAGGCAGCUGGGCUGUGGGACGGCGUUAUCAGCCCCAAGAGGGGCUCGAUUUGGGCAAGGAUCUGUCCGUAUCUGGCUGGAUGACGUCAACUGCACAGGGACAGAAGCUGCCCUCUCUGAUUGCAGGGCUUGGCCGUGGGGAGACAAUAACUGUACCCACGGAGAAGAUGCCGGUGUUGUGUGCUCAGACUCUGCCAUCUCAGAAGUGGCUCAGCUCCAACUGGUGAAUGGUCCAAGUCGCUGCGCUGGGAGAGUCGAGGUGCUUCACAACCAGCAGUGGGGAACCGUGUGUGAUGACAGCUGGGACUUACAGGAUGCCAGAGUUGUGUGCAGGCAGCUGGGCUGUGGGACGGCGUUAUCAGCCCCAGGAGGGGCUCGAUUUGGGCGAGGAUCAGACCGUAUCUGGCUGGAUGACAUCAACUGCACAGGGACAGAAGCUGCCCUUUCCGAUUGCAGGGUUCAGCCUUGGGGAGAGAAUAACUGUACCCACGGAGAAGAUGCCGGUGUUGUGUGCUCAGAUUCUGGCAUUUCAGAAGUGCUUCAGCUCCGACUGGUGAAAGGCCCGAAUCGCUGCGCUGGGAGAGUCGAGGUGCUUUACAACCAGAAGUGGGGAACCGUGUGUGAUGACCGCUGGGACUUACAGGAUGCUGGAGUCGUGUGCGGGCAGCUGGGCUGUGGGUUGGCGUUAUCAGCCCCACGAGGGGCUCAAUUUGGGCGAGGAUCAGAUCGUAUCUGGCUGGCUGACGUUCACUGCUCAGGGACAGAAGUUGCCCUCUCCGAAUGCAGGGCUCGGCUUUGGGGAGACAGUUACUGUAACCAUGGACACGAUGCUGGUGUUGUGUGCUCAGCUUCCAUAAUCUCAGAAGUGGCUCCAGUCCGAUUGGUGAACGGUUCGAGUCGCUGCACUGGGAGAGUUGAAGUCUUUCAUUACAGGAAUUGGGGAACCGUGUGUGAUGACAGCUGGGACUUACAGGAUGCCGGAGUCUUGUGCAGGCAGCUGGGCUGUGGGACGGCGUUAUCAGCCCCAGGAGGGGCUCACUUUGGGCCAGGAUCUGACCAUAUCUGGCUGGCUGACGUCAACUGCACAGGGACAGAAGUUACCCUCACCCAAUGCAGGGCUCGGUCUGUGGGAGAGAAUAACUGUACCCAUGGAGAAGAUGCUGGAGUUGAGUGCUCAGACUUAGGAAUUUCAGAAGUGGAUCAGCUCCGACUGGUGAAUGGCCCGAGUCGCUGCGCUGGGAGAGUCGAGGUGCUUCACAACCAGCAGUGGGGAACCGUGUGUCAUGAUGGCUGGGACAUAAUUGAGGCUGGAGUUGUGUGCAGGCAGCUGGGCUGUGGGACGGCGUUAUCAGCCCCUAGGAAAGCUCGAUUUGGGCAAGGAUCUGACCGAAUAUGGCUGGAUGACGUCAUCUGCAAAGGGACAGAAGCUGCCCUCUUCGAUUGCAAGGCUCGGCCUUGGGGAGACAAUAACUGUAACCACGGAGAAGAUGCCAGUGUUGUGUGUUCAGACUCCGGCAUCUUCGAAGUGACUCAGCUGCGACUGGUGAACGGUUUGAGUCGCUGCGUUGGGAGAGUCGAGAUGCUUCACAACCAGCUCUGGGGAACUGUGUGUGAUGACAGCUGGGACAUACAGGAUGCCGGAGUCGUGUGCAGGCAGCUGGGCUGUGGGACGGCGUUAUCAGCCCCACGAGGAGCUCGAUUUGGGCCAGGAUCUGACCGUAUCUGGCUGGAUAACGUGAACUGCACAGGGACAGAAGUUGCCCUCUCCGAUUGCUGGGCUCGGCCUUGGGGAGAGAAUAACUGUACCCACGGAGAAGAUGCUGGUGUCGAGUGCUCAGAUUCUGGCAUUUCAGAAGUGGCUCAGCUCCGACUGGCGAAUGGCCCGAGUCGCUGCGCUGGGAGGGUCGAGGUGCUUCACAACCAGCAGUGGGGAACCGUGUGUGAUGAGAGCUGGGACAUAACUAAUGCUGGAGUCGUAUGCAGGGAGCUGGGCUGUGGGACGGCGUUAUCAGCCCCAGGCGGGGCUCGAUUUGGGCGAGGAUCAGACCGUAUCUGGCUGGACAAUGUUCACUGCAUAGGGACAGAAGCUGCCCUCUCCGAUUGCAGGGCUCGGCCUUGGGGAGACAAUAACUGCACCCAUGGAGAAGAUGCCGGUGUUGUGUGCUCAGAUCUGGCUCAGCUCCGACUGGUGAACAGCCCGAGUCGCUGCGCUGGGAGAGUCGAGGUGCUUCACAACCAGGUGUGGGGAACCGUGUGUGAUGACAACUGGGACAUAAGUGAUGCUGGAGUCGUGUGCAGGCAGUUGGGCUGUGGGACAGCUUUAUCAGCCCCUCGGAGAGCUCGAUUUGGUCAAGGAUCAGACCGUAUCUGGCUGGAUGAUGUCAACUGCACAGGGACAGAAGCUGCCCUCACUGAAUGCAUGGCUCAGCCUUGGGGAGACAAUAACUGUAUCCUCGGAGAAGAAGCCGGUGUUGUGUGCUCAGAUGCUGGCAUCUCAGAAGUGGCUCAGCUCCGACUGGCAAAUGGAUCGAGUCGCUGCAAUGGGAGAGUCGAGGUGUUUCAUAACAAGAAGUGGGGGACCGUGUGUGAUGACAACUGGGACUUACAGGAUGCUGGCGUCGUAUGCGGGCAGCUGCGCUGUGGGAUGGCGUUAUCAGCCCCACGAGGGGCUCGAUUUGGGCGAGGAUCUGACCAUAUUUGGCUGGAUAAUGUCAACUGCACAGGGACAGAAGUUGCCCUCUCUGAUUGCAGGGCUCGGCCUUGGGGAGACAAUAACUGUACCCACGGAGAAGAUGCCGGUGUUGUGUGCUUAGGCAUUUUGAAAGUGGCUCCAGUCCGACUGGUGAAUGGCCCAAGUCACUGCGCUGGGAGAGUCGAGGUGUUUCUCAACCAUCGGUGGGGAACCGUGUGUGAUGACGGCUGGAACAUAACUGAUGCUGGAGUCGUGUGCAGACAGCUGGGCUGUGGGACGGCGUUAUCAGCCCCUGGGGGAGCUCGAUUUGGGCGAGGAUCAGACCCUAUCUGGCUGGAUGAUGUCAACUGCGCAGGGACAGAACCUGUCCUCUCCCAAUGCAGGGCUCGGCUUUUGGGAGUCAAUAACUGUGACCAUGGAGAAGAUGCCGGUGUUGUGUGCUCAGACGCUGGCAUCUCGGAAGUGGCUCAGCUCCGACUGGUGAAUGGUCCAAGUCACUGCUCUGGGAGACUCGAGGUGUUUCACAACCAGCAGUGGGGAACCGUGUGUGAUGACAACUGGGACAUAACAGAUGCUGGAGUCGUGUGCAGGCAGCUGGACUGUGGGACGGCGUUAUCAGCCCCACGAGGGGCUCAUUUUGGGCAAGGAUCUGACCAUAUUUGGUUGAAUAAUGUCAACUGUACAGGGACAGAAGUUGCCCUCUCAGAUUGCAGGGCUCGGCCUUGGGGAGAAAAUAACUGUACCCACGGAGAAGAUGCUGGUGUCGAGUGCUCAGAUUCUGGCAUUUCAGAAGUGGCUCAGCUCCGACUGGCGAAUGGCCUGAGUCGCUGCGCUGGGAGGGUCGAGGUGCUUCACAACCAGCAGUGGGGAACUGUGUGUGAUGACAUCUGGGACAUAACUAAUGCUGAAGUCGUGUGCCAGCAGCUGGGCUGUGGGCCAGCAUUAACAGCCCCAAGAGGGGCUCGAUUUGGGCAAGGGUCAGAGCGUAUCUGGCUGGAUGACGUUAACUGCACAGGGACAGAAGCUACCCUCUCCGAUUGCAGGGCUCGGCCUUGGGGAGACAAUAAUUGUGACCAUGGAGAAGAUGCCGGUGUUGUGUGCUCAGAUUUAGGAAUUUCAGAAGUGGAUCAGCUCCGACUGGUGAAUGGCCCGAAUCGCUGCGCUGGGAGAGUCGAGGUGCUUCACAACGAGUUGUGGGGAACCGUGUGUGAUGACAGCUGGGACAUAACUGAUGCUGGAGUCGUUUGCUGGGAGCUGGGCUGUGGGACGGCGUUAUCGGCCCCAGGAGGGGCUCGAUUUGGGCGAGGAUCAGACCGUAUCUGGCUGGAUGAUGUUCACUGCACAGGGACAGAAGCUGUCUUCACCGAAUGCAGGGCUCGUCCUUGGGGAGACAAUAACUGUAACCACGGAGAAGAUGCCGGUGUUGUGUGCUCAGACGCUGGCAUCUCAGAAGUGGCUCCGCUCCGACUGGUGAACGGCCCGAGUCUCUGCGCUGGGAGAGUCGAGGUGUUUUGUAACAAGAAGUGGGGAACCGUGUGUGAUGACAACUGGGACAUAACUGAUGCUGGAGUGGUGUGCAGGCAGCUGGGCUGUGGGACGGCGUUAUUAGCCCCCGCUGGGGCCUACUUUGGGCCAGGAUCUGACCGUAUCUGGUUGGAUAAUGUCAACUGUACAGGGACAGAAGCUGCCCUCACCGAAUGCAGGUCUCGGCCUUGGGGAGACAAUAACUGUCACCACGGAGAAGAUGCUGGUGUUGUGUGCUCAGGAUCAGGCAUCUUAGAAGUGGCUCCGCUCCGACUGGUGAACGGCCCGAGUCGCUGUGCUGGGAGAGUUGAGGUGCUUCAUAACCAGCAGUGGGGAACCGUGUGUGAUGACAGCUGGGGCUUGUCUGAUGCUGAAGUCGUGUGCAGGCAGCUGGGCUGUGGGACGGCGUUAUCAGCACCACGUGGGGCUCACUUUGGACAAGGAUCUGAACGUGUAUGGCUGGAUGAGGUUCAGUGCACAGGGGCAGAAGCUGUCCUCACCGAAUGCAAGGCUAAUCCUUGGGGAGAACAUGGCUGUAACCCCGGAGAAGAUGCCAGUGUUGUGUGCUCAGAUCAGGGCCAGCUGAGGCUGCAGUUGACGAGUGGCCCAAGCCCCUGCUCUGGGCGAGUGGAGGUGCUGAUUAAUGACACCUGGGGUGCCGUGUGUGAUGCCGGCUGGGGCCUGCCGGAGGCGGGGGUGGUGUGCAAGCAGCUGGGCUGCGGCACGGCGCUGUCAGCCCCGGGGGUUGCUCAGUUCGGCCACGGAGCCGGCGAUGUCUGGCUGGAGGGCUUGAGCUGCUCUGGCCAGGAGUCUUUCAUCAGCGAGUGCCAGCUGAGCCGGCUGGGUCCUGGGCUGUGUGGCCAUGGCUCUGAGGCCAGCGUGGUAUGUGCCGGACAGGCCGGCCCUGGGCUACUCUGCUCUGUGCUCCUCGGCCUGGGUGCUGUUGUGGUGCUGAUCUGUGGGGUCCUGCUCUGCUGGAGGAUGCGUCGGGACAGAGCCGCUGGGAACCCCCAAGGCCAUGUGCACCUGGAGGAGCUGGGGGCUCCAGGGGCCCCGGCCCAGCCCCAUGGAGCAGCAAGUCCAGAGCUCCCCAAGGAGUCCGACAGCGAGAUGACCCGGCUGAUGAGGGAAGACAUGGUGCUGUGAGAGCCGCAUGCCAGCUGGGCUGAGCUGGGCUCAGCCUGCAGUGAGACAUGGGCCGGUGGGAUCGUGCACAGAGCAGCCCCAGGGCUGCCAGCUGCCUGGACUGUGGGAACUCUGCUGGGGCUCAUCUGGGGGCUGGGGCUGCUGGCUGGAGGUCUCAGCUCCCCCAUUACCCUCCCCAGCUGCCUUGGAAGGCUCCCCUGCUCCAUCCCACCCUCCCAGCUUUCCCUGAUGCAGCUCCCAUGCCCAUCCCUGAGCAGCCUGUGCCCAGCCAAGCAGAUGGCAUGUGAUGCGCCCUGCAGAACCGUUGUCAGGUCCACAGGGACAGCUGGUUCCUUGCCCACAAAGCAACAAGCCCACAUGCAGAUGAGCUAUGGGGAGAGACUGACCACGGGUGUCUGUCUGUGCCCAAUGUGCCAGGCGCUGUCUGUUUGUGCCCGAUGCCCCCUGAGUUCGGGGAGCCAGGCCCUGUCUGUCUGUCUGUGCCCAAUGUGCCAGGCUCUGUCUGUUUGUCUGUGUCCGAUGCCCCCUGAGCUCGGGAAGCCAGGCCCUGUCUGUCUGUGCCCAAUGCACUCUGAGCUUGGGGUGCUAGACCCUGUCUGUCUGUGCACAGCGCACUUUGAGCUCGGGGCACCAGGCCCACCAGUCUGUGCAGCAGCCAGCCCGGGUCCCCAGUAAAUGAUCAUGAUUGUUUCUAGUAUGUAGAUAAGGUGCAGAACUAAGUGCAGCUGCAUGAUGGUGUGUUGCUUAUUGGAAAGGAAUGGGCCGUGAUUACAGAUACAGAGAGCUCCCCUCUAACCUUCCCACCGGCACCCUGCCAUAAUAUUACACAGCUAGACUUGGGGACAGCAGCUGUGUCCAGACACGAGCCCUGUUGUGCAUUUCAUUGCAAUAUGCAGGUCAGCCUAAAUGAUCAGGAUGGUCCCUUCUGGCCUUAAAGUCUAUAGCUCUAUGGAAUUGUGUGUAUAAUGAUAAUGUAGCACUGUCAGCAACUCCAUCCUCUUCCAUCCCUGGGGGGUGAAAUUAAGAGAGCCCUGCAUGGAUACAAAAUUUGUAUCCACAUCCAAGCCACAAUCUGCAAAAAUGAUCCACGGAUAUCUGUGGCUAUAAAGCAGAUAUCCGCAAGCGUGCAGGGCUCUAGAAAUUAGGUACUUCCAUCUUUCCACAAGAGGCCAACACUUGUGAGAUACUUUCUUAGCGGACACGUCCAAAGUCCAUUGGCCUCUCGCUAGGUAGGGUUACCAUAGCUCAGGUUCCCCCAAAGAGGACACUAUUGUGGGGAAAGGGGGGGAUCUAGGGGGUGCUGGUGGGGAUGUUUGGGGGUACUGGAGGGGUGUGUGUGUACUGGGAAGGAUACCCAGGGGAAUGUUGGAGAGGGUACUGCAGCCUCCCUCUUGAGAUGGGGGACAGUGAAACUCCCUGUCAUGGUGGCAGGGUGGCUGGCGCAGACCCGGGACACAGCACCAACUGUUAGUCACCGCUUUCCUGCGAGCCUCUCCCCCUCCCCAAGACUAUGUGGGUGGGAUCCAGGGGCACCAGAAGCUUCCUAACAGUGGGGGGGCCACCGGUGACUGAACAGUGGCCACCCCCAUGCCUCUGCUCUCACACCGCCCCUUCCCACACAGCCCCUGCCCUCACACAGCCCCUUCUCCCAGAGCCCCUACCCUGGCACCGCCCCUUCUCCCAGAGCCCACACACAGCCCCUUCUCCCAGAGCCCCUGCCAUAGUACCGUCUCUUCUCCCAGAGCCCCUGCCCUCACACAGCCCCUUCUCCCAGACCCCUGCCCUUGCAUCGCCCCUUCCCCCAGAGCUUCUGCCCUCAACCAGCCCCUUCCCCCAGACCCCUGCCCUCGCACAGCCCCUGCCCCCAGACCCCUGCCCUCGCACAGCCCCUUCUCCCAGAGCCCCUGUCCUCGCACAGCGCCUUCCCCCAGACCCAUGCCCUCGCAGAGCCCCUUCCUCCCUCGCACUGCUCCUUGUCCCAGAGCCCGUCCCGUCAUACCACCUCUUCUCCCAGAGCCCCUGCCCUCACACAGCCCCUUCCCCCAAAUACCUGCCCUUGCACCGCCCCUUCUCCCAGAGCCUCUGACCUCAAACAGCCCCUUCCCCAGGACCCCUGCCCUUGCACAGCCCCUUCUCCCAGAGCCCCUAUCCUCGCACCGCCCCUUCCCCCAGAGCUCCCUCACACCGCCCCUUCCCCCAGAGCCCCUGUCCU